AACUGGGCCCCACCGCGCUCUUUCUCUCUCUCGGGAACAAAGGACCCGUCGCAACAAUGGCCGUCCAGAUCAGCAAGAAGCGGAAGUUCGUCCAGGACGGCGUGUUCUACGCCGAGCUGAACGAGCUCCUGACCCGCGAGCUGGCCGAGGAUGGCUACUCCGGUGUGGAGGUCCGCGUGACCCCCAUGCGCACUGAGAUUAUCAUCCGCGCUACUCGCACUCAGAACGUGCUGGGCGAGAAGGGCCGCCGCAUUCGCGAGCUGACCUCGGUUGUGCAGAAGCGCUUCAACUUCCCCCCGGACAGCGUUGAGCUGUACGCUGAGAAGGUCAGCGACCGUGGUCUGUGCGCCAUCGCCCAGGCCGAGUCGCUGCGCUACAAGCUGCUGGGUGGCCUGGCCGUGCGCCGUGCCUGCUACGGUGUGCUGCGCUUCGUGAUGGAGAGCGGCGCCAAGGGCUGCGAGGUCAUUGUGUCCGGCAAGCUCCGCGCUGCCCGUGCCAAGUCCAUGAAGUUCAAGGAUGGCUACAUGGUGUCUUCGGGUAACCCCGCCAAGGUGUACAUCGAUGGUGCCGUGCGCCACGUGCUGCUGCGCCAGGGUGUCCUGGGUAUCAAGGUCAAGAUCAUGAAGGAGUGGGACCCUACCGGCAAGCGUGGCCCUCGCACUCCUCUGCCCGAUGUGGUCAAGGUGCUGGAGCCCAAGGAGGAGGAGGUGUACCAGGAGAAGCCUUACAUCGGCAAGGAGGAGCUGUAAACGGAGUUCGCACGCACGAUGAUGAGCAAAAGCUGUUAGCUAGUAGCGCGGCUUCUGCGAGGAAGCCGUGGCUGGAGUUGGCAGCGCUGUUGUCGCGUCGGCUUGGGUCUGCACCUGCCGCUCGAGUUGACUCCGGAUCCGGUGCAACCCGCUUUGUUACCACUUGUAACAUCGCCCCUUGCGCCCU